AAGAUGUUGCCCGUUCUGAAUCAGGGCAUUGUUUGCGCGACCGCUCAUGUGCUCCAAGCAGCAUGCCUGCCUCAUCGGGCGCUAACUCUGACACUAGCUCUUUGCUUCUUCUUCUUCUUGCUGGUGGUACGUCUCGAUCGACCCAUUCUUCUUCAAUUCGAAUGCCAGAAGCCCAGAAUAAAAUUCCUCUUGCCAACCGGUUCCGCGAUUUCUUUAACACGGGACUCGAAUGGGGAUCGCAACGACUUCUAUUUGAGCCAAGCUGCACCGGGCUCGCACGCUCCCGUCUCGUCACCCCCGACCGGCGACCACGAUGAAGCCGCCCACUCCCACCUCCUACCUCCUCCUCGCCCCGCUCGCGAUCCUCCUCCUCGUCUUCGUGCUCCACCCUCCGUCCCGCGCCGGCUCCGACGGCCUCGGCGCCCUCUGCGCCCGCCGCGCCGGCUUCGCCGCCUUCGCCGUCGCGGCACCGGCGCCUGAGGCGUCGCCGCCGGAGCCCGAGUUCAGCCUGCUGGUGGGAGUGCUGACGAUGCCGGGCCGGCGGGAGCGCCGGGACAUCGUGCGGAUGGCCUACGCGCUGCAGCCGCCGGCCGCGCGCGCGCGCGUGGACGUCCGCUUCGUGUUCUGCCGCGUGGCCGACCCCGUGGACGCGGCGCUGCUGGCGGCGGAGGCCCGGCGGCACGGCGACGUGGUGGUGCUGGACUGCGCCGAGAACAUGAACGACGGCAAGACGUACGCGUACCUGUCCUCGGUGCCGCGGCUGUUCGCGGCGGCGCCGUACGACUACGUGAUGAAGACCGACGACGACACGUACCUGCGGGUGGCGGCGCUCGCCGACGAGCUCCGGGGCAAGCCCCGCGAGGACGUGUACCUGGGCUACGGCUACGCCAUGGGCGGGCAGCCGAUGCCGUUCAUGCACGGCAUGGGGUACGUCGUGUCGUGGGACGUCGCGCGCUGGGUGGCCGGCGCCGACGAGAUCCUGGCGCGCAACGACACCCUGGGCCCCGAGGACCUCAUGGUCGGCAAGUGGCUCAACCUCGCCGGCAGGGGGAGGAACCGGUACGACCUCAAGCCCCGGAUGUACGACCUCAACUGGGACAUGGACAACUUCCGGCCGGACACCGUCGCCGUGCACAUGCUCAAGGACAACCGCCGCUGGGCGGCGGCGUUCAGCUACUUCAACGUCACCGGCGGGAUCAAGCAGCCCUCCGACCUGCACCACCUCCCGUGACCCCCAUCGACCAGCAACAACCACCUCGAUUCUUUCUUUUUCUUGUUAAUUAUUAAUAAUAAUUCGUUCGCGAUCCGUGCCAAUUGUUAAUUGUUUGAUGGUGUUCGUGCACAAGUUGUGCGGGGCACGGAUGGACCAUGGGGGUGGGGGGGGGGGGGGGUAGUGGGGGAGCAUGAGCAUCUGCGUCGAGACGUGUCGUGUCAUGUGGCCCGACGACGGCUAGUCGUUGACGCGCUCAGGAGAACGCCGUGCAAGCCGAUUGGAACCGUCUCGUGGAUCGCUUUAAAUUUGGAAGCUUCUCUCUGGGCGGCGACGGCCCGACGGUUGGCGCGGUGCUCGAUCGACUGGCCCCGUGACAUGACAUCCUUCCUUGCUGCUGAUGCUUCGUUCGAUACGCCAUGGAGCUUCGAAGAGAGCAUCGCUAGUCUUGUCUUUGUCGUCCUGAGAACAAAUGGUGUUAGGUAUGCUCCGUGGAAUGUACGAUCUUGGUGUAUUCUACAAUAUAAUGCAUACUGCUUAUACGUUUUCUUA